AUGAGGGAAAAGAGUAUGGGCCAUUGUACUUGUGUGGACAUUGGGCAGUUGGGAAGGCGUUGUUAUGCCAACGAUUUGGACCACCACAUUGAGAACUUUCACAAGAGAAGCCGUGAUACCCACCGUGACGACCACCACGAGAGCUACCACGCUGAGAAGAAGGGCCUUGCUGAGAGUUGGUGUGGCCUUGCGGGAGAAAUGAGCGGAUGUGUUGUGAGUGGUGAUGAAGGCGAUGGUGUUGCCUGUCGAGGACCUGGAUGA